ACCCUUAGGCCGCCGAAACCUGGCGAGAUGCUUCUCUGUCCAUGGAUCACCUCUUGGUGUUUACAAGGAAAAUAACAUGGAAGCUAUAUAUGGCAAAAUUUCCAAGGCCUAGAGCGAAGAAAAUGGUCAAACAAUCAACUCAAUUGAAGGAACUUAAAACCGAAACGCAGCAACCUCAAUUCAAGGAGCUUGAAAUCAAAGUGGAGCGUCAAAUCAGUGCAAUUAGGGUGGUUCGUGAUGUUGACAUCGAGCGAUUGUUGAUGGAACUUCGUUUGGUUCGAUCGUGUUUCAAUGAGGAACAACUCCGGAAGCCAAUGUUGCAGAGAAUGGGAAAUUCGAUGUGA